UCCGCUCUCCCUCGCCUUUCCAUAUCUAUCGCCAUAUCCACACUCUGACAUGACACAGCCCAAAUGAUCCAAAACCGCCACCUCUUCCCAUCUUCUUCCUCCUCCUUCUUCAUCAUCGUCUUCCUCUGUUCGCUGGCCAGAUUCACCUCGUGUUCAUCUCUGAACCCAAAGUUCGAAGCUUGUCAGCCCGCAACCUGCGGCAACCAAACCAUAACCUACCCUUUUUACAUCGAAGGCCGACAACAACCCUUCUGUGGCUACCCAGGUUUCGGCCUUUCUUGUUCCGAUAAUGCGUUCCCAAUCCUCAAUAUCUCCCAUACCCGCUACAUCAUCCAUGAAAUUUCUUACAUCACGCACUCAAUUCGAGUGUCCGAAGCUGCUUUGUCUACAUCAAACUCCACAUCAUCAGCAUCAUCCUGUGCGAUUCCUCGUACUCACAACAUCACUAUCGAGGGGACAAGAUUCAGUUACGCUCCGAACCAGAGGAACCUGUUCUUGUUGUUCGGAUGCAAUCUGGGGUUGCUGCCGGACAAUCUUCUGAAUUACAGAAUUGGGUGUUCUGCAGACAACGAAACGAAUCCAGUUUUGGCCAUGACGGAGGGGAAGGGUGGAGAUUUGAGGUCUGCGACGGAGAAGUGUAAUAAUACGGUGGUGAGGACGAAGAUUAGUGAGAAUCAAACGAGAGGAGAGAUUAACAUGGAUGUGGUGAGAAGAGGUUUUGUGUUGAAUUGGUUAGUGGCGAAUUGCAGUUUGUGUUCGAAGACGAGAGGCAAGUGUGGGUUCGACUUCAGCAAAAAUGUUUACAGUUUCAGAUGCUAUUGCCCAGAUAGAGAUCAUGCCGUCAGAUGCGAUACCGUUCCUGCUGCAGAGGAUAGGAGCAGGGUUCUGAAGCUGGGACUAGGAAUAGGAUUAGGCAUUGGGCUUCCGGUCAUUCUGAUGACUGUGUGGCUCAUUGGACGAUGGUGUUACAGGCGAAAACAUGGUUCUGAUGAUGAUUAUCAAUUCGAACCCAGAAACUCUUUUUCUGCUGAUUAUUCAAACUCAGACCCAGAAAAUGGCAAUAUCUACUUGGGAGUUCCACUUUUCUCUUGCAAACAGCUUCAAGAAGCAACAAACAACUUCGACCAAGCAAGAGUACUAGGAGAUGGCGGCUUUGGAAUUGUUUACUAUGGAAAACUCAGUGAUGGACGAGAAGUUGCUGUGAAACGUUUAUAUGAACACAAUUACAGACGAGUAGAACAGUUCAGAAAUGAAGUGAAGAUCCUAGCACGCUUACGCCACAAAAAUCUUGUGUCUUUAUAUGGCUGCACUUCACGGCGUAGCCAAGACCUCGUCCUUGUCUACGAAUACAUCUCAAAUGGCACUGUCGCUAGUCAUCUUGAAGGUGACUUAUCGAACUGUACAUCACUCUCAUGGCCUAUUCGAAUCAAAAUCGCCAUAGAAACUGCAAGUGCUUUGGUCUACCUUCAUGCUUCAGACAUCAUCCAUCGUGAUGUCAAAACCAGCAACAUCCUCUUAGACAGCAAUUUUAACGUUAAAGUUGCUGACUUUGGACUGUCUAGAUUGUUCCCCAAUGAUGUGUCGCAUGUUUCCACAGCCCCACAAGGAACUCCAGGAUAUGUUGACCCAGAAUACUACCAAUGUUACCAGCUUACUAGUAAGAGUGAUGUGUAUAGCUUUGGGGUUGUGCUUAUUGAGUUGAUUUCUUCUAAACCUGCGGUGGAUAUAAGCAGAAGUAAGGAUGAAGUGAACUUGUCGAGUUUGGCGAUGAAGAAGAUUCAGGAGAGUGCGUUUGUGGAGCUGGUGGAUCCAAGUUUGGGGUUUGAGGAUGAUAGUGAAGUGAAGAGGAUGGUGGUUUCUGUGGGGGAAUUGGCGUUUCAGUGUUUGCAGAGAGAUAAAGAUUUGAGGCCUUCCAUGGAAGAGGUUUUGGAAGCGCUCAAGAGGAUUCAGAGUGGGAAAGGUGAGGUUGAGAAUCUUGAAGAUGGCGGUAAUGUGAAUCCAUUGGCACCGCCGCCGCCAUCGCCGCCGUCAGUGUCACCGGAGAAGGAAGAAGUUGGCUUAUUAAAGAAGGUGAACCCACCUCCUUCUUCGCCCAAUACUGUGACUGAAAAGUGGACGAGUGAAUCUACCACCCCUAAUGCGAGUGCUUGAUUCAUGUUGAUGUUUCAGGAGAAAAAAUGUAGAUGAGACAAAUUGGGUUAUCAAUUCCUGAUCCAUCCUUCUAUUUUUUCAAAGGAUGAUAAUAUCACAGUCGUCAUCAUAUACUCAUAGUUGAGGCUUGAGGGAAAAUGCAUGCACAGUUGAAUUA